UUAGAAGCUGAGGCAGUUGCUUGCUCUCACCCAGCGUUUCUGAGGAGGGAAGAGUUGGAGAGGCUUUGCUGCUAAGGAAAUUAAUUAAAUAUCACUGGUUUGCAUCUCAUUCCCACCCCCCACAAAAAAAGGUGCAGAAAAACUAAAUUAUAAAAGGGGACCUACAAGAAACGCCCAUGCUGUACAGAACACAGAUAUUCUGGUUUCCCUAAGUUUGUAGGUGAAAGACCCUAAAAAUGGCAGACGACGAGGAAAUUGAGGAGUACGAGUAUUUUUAUGAAGAAACAAUCAUCGAAGAUGGUGACACUGUUGAGGAUGAGCCAAAGGUUGAAGAGCCAGUUGGCCCAUCUGAACAGCCCACCAAGAGGAGAAUUCGAAAGAAAGUGGACACGUCUAAGUUCAUGACCCCUUAUAUAGCACACAGCAAGAAAAUGCAAGACAUGUUCAGUCAGAAUAAAUACAAAGAAAAAUAUGAAAAACACAGGGGAGAGCCCUAUGCCAGCACAACUGAUACUCCAGAGCUCCGCAGAAUUAAAAAAGUCCAAAACCAGCUGAGUGAGGUGAAAUACCGUAUGGACGGUAAUGUUGCUAGAACCAACUGUCACGUUGAUGAAAAGGCAAGGGACAUUGAACAUGCGAAAAAGGUGUCUCAACAAGUGAGCAAGGUUUUGUAUAAACAGAAUUGGGAAGAUACUAAAGACAAGUACCUUUUACCCCCUGAUGCUCCUGAACUUGUGCAAGCUGUGAAAAACACAUCUAUGUUCAGCAAAAAACUGUACACAGCAGAUUGGGAUGAGGACAAAAGCACAUUUUUUCCUUAUUCUGAUAGUCCAGAGCUGAAGAGAGUUGCACAUGCUCAAAAGGCACUGAGUGACAUAAACUAUAAAAAAGGAUAUAAUGAACGACAGUUACAAUUUACAUCUCUUGCCGAUCGACCUGAUAUUGAAAUGGCAAAGAAGGUUUCACAGCAGCUCAGUGAUAUAAAAUAUCGCGAGGAUUAUCAAAAGAAAGUAAAAGGCAAAUGGAGCCAAACCCCUUGUUAUGAAAUUGCUGUUGCAAGAAUGAACGCUGACAAUCUUAGUGAUCGAAAAUACACAGAAGAUUUUGAGAAUGCAAAAGACCAAAUCAACUUCAUGCAGACUGAUACUCCCGAAUACAAGGCUAAUAAGAAAGCCCGGCUAAAUGCUAGCACGGUACAAUACAAAGCUGAUUAUGAAAAGGCCAAGGGACCUACAGCUUACCAUACUCUUCCCGCAACAGAAAACCCGUUACUGCGACAGCUCAAGUUAGCUGGAAGAUCCCUCAGUGAUAUAUUAUACAAGGAGUCAUACGAAAAGGCUAAAGGAACAAGCAUUAAUUACUGUGAUACUCCGAAGUUUCAGAUUGAUCAUGUUCUGAAAGAUUACAGUGAUCUUAAAUACAAAGACCAUUACAACAGGAACAUUUUGGGACAUUACAUUGGCACCUACGAGGAUCCUUAUUUGACACAUUGUGCCAAAGUCGCCAAUUUUAAAAGUGAUAAAAAUUAUAGAGCAGACUACGAAGAGGACAAAACAAGCUGCUACUUCCCUCAAACCCUCACCCAAGAAUACGAUGCUGUCAAGAAAUUAGAUCAGUGUAAAGAUUACGUCUACAAAAAACAUCCAGACAAAAUUAAAUACACGCAAGUGGCUGAUUCUCCAGGGAUGCUCCAAGCGCAAGUCAAUUCCAAGCAACUUAGUGACUUGAAUUAUAAAUCAAAACACGAGAAAGAAAAAUUUAAGUGUCAUAUUCCCGCCGACUCUCCGUUCAUUCUUCAGUCCAGACUUAAUGCCUACAAUCUCAGCGAUAAAUGGUACAAGUAUGACUGGGAAAAGCAAAAAGCAAAGAAGUUUGACAUUAAAAUUGAUGCAAUUCCACUGGUGGCAGCCAAGGCAAACAGAAGGAAAGCCAGUGAUGUGGCGUAUAAGAAGGAUUAUGAAUUGAACAAAGGGAAGAUGAUCGGAGCACUUAGUAUUCAUGAUGACCCCAAGAUGCUACAUUCUGUUAAAGUGGCUCACAAUCAAAGUGAUAUUGAAUACAAAAAGGAUUAUGAAAAGUUAAAGACCAAAUAUAGCACACCGCUAGACAUGGUUGCCGUGACCAGUGCAAAGAAGGCGCAGGCUAUCGCUAGCAACAUUGAUUAUAAACACCCUCUUCAUUCAUACUUUUAUCCUCCCGACUCUGUGAGCGUCUCACUAGCAAAAAAAGCUUACACUAUUCAGAGUGAUAUUGAUUACAAGUCUGAUUAUAACAGCUGGGUGAAAGGUUGUGGCUGGAGUCCAUAUGGAUCCCUGGAUGAAGAGAAGGUUAAGAAAGCUGGGCAGAUCCUAAAUGAGAGAAAAUACCGUCAACAUCCAGACACUAUUAAGUUUACAUCUGUGGAAGAUGACCCUGUAAUGGUCCAAUCCAAAAUCAACCAGAAACAGAGGAGCGAUAUUCUAUACAAAGCAGCAGAUGCGAAAAGGAUUCAUACAUAUUCACUGCCAGCAGAUAUUCCAGAAUUCAUUCAAGCCAGAGUUAAUGCCUAUAAUCUGAGUGAUAACUACUACAAGCAAGGACUGGAGGAAUUAAAGGCCAAGGGAUAUGACCUGAAGUCAGAUGCUAUAUCAAUAAGAGCCGCCAAAGCUGCAAGGAAAGCAGCUAGUGAUGUGCAAUAUAAGAAAGCUUAUGAAGAUCAGAAAGGAAAACUUGUUGGUUUCCGUAGUUUACAAGAUGAUCCCAAGCUUGUCCACUACAUGCGUGUGGCAAAGAUCCAGUCUGAGCGUGAAUACAAGAAAGAUUACGAGAAGACAAAGACUAAAUACAACACCCCAUUAGAUAUGGUCAAUGUUGUUAGUGCUAAGAAGGCACAAGAUAUAGCCAGUGGCAUACAUUAUAAGCAACCGAUCCAUCAUUACACAUACCUUCCCGAUGCCAUGAGUGUUGAGUUGUCCAAAAAGAUGAUGGAGAUCCAGAGUGAUAACCUCUACAAGUCAGACUUAGGCUGGCUGAAAGGCACUGGAUGGAUCCCACUUGGGUCUCUGGAUGUUGAGAAAGUCAAAAAGGCAGGAGCAGCUUUGGAUGAGAAGAAGUAUCGUCAACACCCAGACACCAUUAAAUUUACUAGUGUUGCUGACACUCCAGUCAUGGUCCAGGCUAAAACAAAUGCUCUUCAACUAAGCGAUAGACUAUACAAGUCAUCGGGAGAGAAGACACUACAUACAUAUCAUCUACCCCCAGAUGUCCCUCAAUUCAUCCAAGCCAGGUGUAAUGCAGCUAAUAUUAGUGAAACUAACUACAAACAGGACUGGCUGAAAACCAUCAAAAAAGGACAUCAUGUUUUGGGAGAUGCUAUUUCGAUUGUUGCUGCCAAAGCUUCCCACAAUAUUGCCAGUGAUUAUAAGUAUAAGCAAGCCUAUGAAAAAGCCAGGGGUAAACACGUUGGUUUUAGAAGUCUUCAGGAUGAUCCAAAACUGGUCCACUUCAUGGCUGUGGCAAAGAUGCAGUCGGAACGGGAGUACAAGAAAGACUAUGAACAAACCAAGACCAAAUAUCAUACACCUCUAGACAUGGUUAGCAUUAGUGCGGCCAAGAAAUCCCAAGAAGCGGCUACUAACAUCAAUUACAAGCAUCCCAUCCAUCAUUAUACAUUCUUACCUGAUGCUAUAAGUGUAGAACGAUCAAGAAACAUGAUGCAGAUCCAGAGUGAUAAUGUUUACAAACAAGAUUAUAACAGCUGGCUUAAAGGAAUUGGCUGGAUGCCCUUGGGAUCUUUGGAAGUGGAGAAAGUUAAGAAAGCCGGUAACGCUUUAAGUGAGAAGAAGUACCGUCAGCACCCCGAUACCCUCAAAUUUACCAGUAUCCCUGACUCAAUAGAGAUGGCGCUGGCUCAGCAUAACACCAAACAGAGGAGUGAUAUAACAUACAAAGCGGAUGGUGAAAAAGUGAAGCACAAAUAUAAUCUGAAUCCUGAUGACCCUAAUUUUAUCCAGGCGAGAGUUAAUGCAUAUAAUAUUAGUGAGUCCUCCUACAAAGCCGACUGGAUUAAACAUCUUGCUAAAGGCUAUGAUCUGAAACCAGAUGCCAUAUCUGUUGUUGCUGCAAAAGCCUCAAGAAACAUUGCAAGUGAUUAUAAAUAUAAACAAGCUUAUGAAAAAGAUAAAGGAAAACAAGUGGGCUUCCGUAGCCUUCAGGAUGACCCAAAAUUGGUUCACUACAUGCAUGUGGCCAAAAUACAGUCCGAUCGAGAAUACAAGAAAGAUUAUGAGAAGACUAAGUUAAAGUAUCACACACCUGUCAACAUGUUUAGCAUUACAGCCGCCAAGAAAGCCCAAGAAGUAUCCACCAAUAUUAAUUACAAGCAGCUUAUCCAUAAUUACACACUCCUACCUGAUGCCGUCAGCCUGGAACGCGCCAAAAACAUGAUGCAAAUCCAGAGUGACAAUCUGUAUAAGACUGAUUUCAACAACUGGCUGAAAGGGGUCGGCUGGGUUCCAAUUGGCUCGUUGGAUGUUGAAAAAGCAAAGAAGGCUAAAGACAUCCUUAGCGAGAAGAAGUACCGUCAGAAUCCAGACCAAUGGAAGUUUUCUAUACCAAACGAUGCAAUGGAUCAGGUCCUUGCAAAACAUAAUGCACAGACAAUGAACAAGAGACUGUAUAUCAAUGCCUGGGAAAAAGAUAAAACCAAAAUACAUGUUAUGCCAGACACUCCGGAAAUCGUGCUUUCCAAAGCAAACCAAAUUAACAUGAGCGACAAACUGUAUCGAUCAGGCUAUGAAGCAGACAAAAAGAAGGGUUAUGAUCUAAAGCCAGAUGCUAUCUCUAUAAAAGCAGCCAGAGCUUCCAGAGAUAUCGCUAGCGAUUACAAAUAUAAGCAGGCAUAUGAAAAAACUAGAGGCAAACAUAUUGGAUUCCGCAGUCUCCAAGAUGAUCCUAAACUGGUGCACUUUAUGCAAGUGGCGAAGAUGCAAUCCGAGCGGGAAUAUAAGAAAGGUUACGAAAAGUCAAAGACCAAGUUCCACACCCCAGUGGACAUGUUCAGUGUUACAGCAGCUAAACUGGCCCAGAAUGUGGCUACAAAUACUAACUACAAGCAGCUGAUCCAUCACUACAACCUCCUUCCUGAUGCCAUGCCGCUGCAACUUUCCAGAAACAGAAUGCAAAUACAAAGCGAUAAUGUUUACAAAUCAGACUACAAUGACUUUGUCAAAGGUGUUGGAUGGAUUCCCUAUGGGUCCCAAGAAGCAGAGAAGAAUAGAAAAUCUAUGGAUAUUCUCAGUGAAAAGAAGUACCGCCAGCAGCCAGAUACCUUUAGAUUUACCAGCGUGCCUGACUCCAUGCCGAUGGUCUUGGCCAAAAGUAACGCCCAAAUAAUGGAUCAUAAUUUGUAUACUCAAGCUUGGAAUAAAGAUAAAACCACAAUUCACGUCAUGCCGGAUUCUCCAGAGUUUCUUUUGGCUAAAGCUAAUGCAGUCAACAUCAGUGAGAAAAAAUACAGACAAGCAUUGGAGGAUUCUAAAAAGAAAGGAUAUGAUCUCAGGGGGGAUGCAAUCUCUAUCAAAGCUGCCAAGGCUUCCAGAGAUAUUGCUAGUGAUUAUAAAUACAAGAAAAGCUAUGAAAUGGACAAAGGGAAGAUGGUUGGAUUUCGAAACCUCCAAGAUGAUCCAAAACUGGUUCAUUUCAUGAAUGUAGCAAAGAUGCAAUCCGAUCGGGAGUACCACAAGGAGUAUGAGAAGACCAAAACAAAAUACCAUACCCCAGUGACGACGUUUAGCGUGAUGGCAGCCAAGGACGCCCAAGAAAAAGCGUCUAACGUGAACUAUAAGCGUCUCCUUCACAAGUAUAUCUUACUGCCAGACGCAAUGCCAAUACAGCUUGCCAAGAACAUGAACCAAAUUCAGAGUGAUAAUGAAUACAAAGUAGACUACAAAACAUGGUAUAAAGGAAUGGGAUGGAGUCCACUGGGUUCCCUGGAUGUGGAGAAAAGUAGAAAAGCCACUGAUAUAGCAAGUGAUAACAAAUAUCGACAACACCCAAGUCAAUUCAAAUUCACCAAAUCAACGGACUCUAUGGAUUUGGAAUUGGCUAAACAAAAUGCCCAAGUUAUGAACAGGCGUUCCUACAUCGAUGCUUGGGAGAAGGAUAAGAAAACAGUUCAUGUGAUGCCAGAUACACCAGAAAUUUUGCUGGCAAAGCAGAACAAGACAACUUACAGCCAGAAACAAUAUAGACAAGGGUGGGAGGAAGCAAUCAAACAAGGCUAUGAUCUCAGGCCGGACGCCAUUUCCAUAAAGGCAGCUAAAGCUUCUAGAGAUAUCGCAAGUGACUAUAAGUACAAAACUGCGUAUCGCAAGCAACAAGGCCACCAUGUUGGUUUCCGCAGCCUACAGGAUGAUCCUAAGUCUGUUUGGGCCAUGCACGUGGCCAAGAUCCAGAGUGACAGAGAGUACAAGAAGGAUUAUGAUAAAUGGAGGACAAAGUUUAACACGCCAGUAGAUAUGCUGGGAAUCCUGCUGGCUAAAAAAUGUCAGACCUUGGUCAGUGACAUUGACUAUAAGAGAAGGCUACAUAACUGGACCUGCUUACCGGACCAAACUGCAUUCGUUCAAGCAAGGAAGGUUUAUGAUAUACAGAGUGAUAUUAACUAUAAAGCAGAUUACAAUGAAUUCAUGAAGGGUGUUGGAUGGAUUCCCUAUGGAUCUCAAGAGGCAGAGAAAAACAGAAAAGCCAUGGAUAUUCUUAGUAACAAGAAAUAUCGCCAGCACCCAGAUAAGAUCAAGUUUACUAGCAUUCCUGACUCCAUGGAGUUGGUUUUGGCAAAGAAUAAUGCUGAGAUCAUGAAUAAAAAACGUUACAUACAAGCCUGGGAAAAGGACAAGAGAGAAAUUCACAUUAUGCCAGACACACCUGAUAUUCUUCUGGCAAAAGCAAAUCUUCUUAACACCAGUGAUAAACUAUAUAAAGCCGGCUAUGAAGAAAUAAAGAAAAAAGGUUACGAUCUGAAGGUCGACGCCAUAUCAAUCAAAGCCGCAAAAGCAUCAAGAGACAUCGCCAGUGACUACAAAUAUAAAGCAGCCUAUCGCAAGCAACAAGGCCACCACGUUGGUUUCCGCAGCCUACAGGAUGAUCCCAAGUCUGUGUGGGCCAUGCACAUAGCCAAAAUCCAGAGUGAAAGAGAGUACAAGAAAGAUUAUGAAAAAUGGAGGCACCAUUUCAAUACGCCCGUUGAUAUGCUGGGUAUCUUGUUGGCCAAGAAGUGCCAGACACUUGUAAGUGACAUUGACUACAAGCACUUCCUUCACAAGUGGACUUGUCUACCUGACCAGAAUGAUGUCGUGCAAGCCAGAAAGACCUACGAUAUCCAAAGUGAUAACCUAUACAAAUCUGAUCUUCAGUGGCUUAAAGGUGUCGGGUGGUCUCCAUCUGGAUCUUUGGAAGAAGAGAAAAACAAAAGAGCAUCAUUAAUUCUAAGUGAUACGAAAUACCGCCAACACCCAGACAAAUUCCGCUUUAAAAGUAUUCCUGAUUCUCUGGAAAUGGUGUUAGCCAAAUCAAAUGCAGACAUUAUGAAUAAGCGCUUGUAUACUGACGCAUGGAACAAAGAUAAAACUCAAAUACAUUUAAUGCCAGAUAUUCCCGAAGUUCUUCUUGCAAAACAGAACAAGAUCAACUUCAGUGAUAAACUGUACAAGCAAGCAAUGGAAGACGACAAGAAGAAGGGAUAUGAUCUGCGUGCUGACGCCAUCUCAAUUAAGGCAGCGAGAGCCUCUAGAGAUAUUGCCAGUGAUUAUAAAUACAAAACUGGAUACCGCAAGCAGCUAGGUCAUCACGUUGGAUUCAAAAGCUUGCAAGAUGACCCGAAAUCUGUGUGGGCCAUGCACAUUGCCAAGAUUCAGAGUGACAGGGAGUACAAGAAAGACUUUGAAAAAUCCAAGACCAAGUACAACAGCCCUGUGGAAAUGCUGGGAAUUGUACUGGCUAAAAAAUGCCAAGUGUUGGUCAGCGACAUUGAUUAUAAACGUCGUCUCCACCGGUGGACUUGUCUUCCAGACCAGAAUGAUGUCAUCCAUGCCAAAAAAGCCUAUGAACUUCAGAGUGAUAAUUUGUACAAAUCAGAUCUACAGUGGCUAAAAGGUGUCGGUUGGGUCCCCCUCGGUUCCCUUGAAGUAGAAAAGGUUAAGAAAGCUGGAGAAAUCCUAAGCGAUCAUAAAUACCGACAGGCUCCCGACAAGAUUAAAUUUACCAGUGUCACAGAUUCCAUAGAGUUGGAAUUGGCAAAAGCUAAUGCCAUCACAAUGAACAGGAGGUUGUACACAGAUGCGUGGAAUAAAGACAAGACAACCAUUCACAUCAUGCCGGACACCCCAGAAAUUACCCUUGCAAGACAGAAUAAAAUCAACUACAGUGAGAGUUUAUACAAACAAGCUUUGGAAGAAUCAAAGAAGAAAGGCUAUGACCUGAGAGUUGAUGCUAUCCCAAUCAAGGCAGCAAAAGCCUCCAGAGAUAUUGCCAGUGAUUACAAAUAUAAAACAGGAUAUCGCAAGCAGCUUGGACAUCACGUUGGCUUCCGCAGUCUGCAGGAUGAUCCAAAAUCAGUCUGGGCCAUGCAUGUUGCCAAGAUCCAGAGUCUAAGAGAAUAUCACAAGGACUUUGAAAAGACCAAGACAAAUUUCAAUAUGCCCGUUGACAUGUUGGAUAUACUGCUAGCAAAGAAAUGCCAGACUUUGGUUAGUGAUAUUGAUUAUCGACGACAUCUGCACCAGUGGACCUGUCUGCCAGACCAAAAUGAUGUCAUCCAAGCCAGGAAAGCCUAUGAUUUGCAGAGUGAUAACUUGUACAAAGCUGACCUGCAAUGGCUUAAAGGCACAGGAUGGGUUCCUAUAGGCUCACUUGAGGUGGAGAAAAACAAGAGAGCAGGUGAUAUUCUAAGUGACAAGAAAUACCGCCAGCACCCCGAUACCCUGAAAUUUACCAGCGUCACUGAUUCUAUUGAAUUGGAACUUGCCAAAGCAAAUGCCACGAUCAUGAACAAGCGUUUGUAUACUGAUGCUUGGAAUAAAGACAAGACAACCAUUCAUGUGAUGCCUGAUACUCCUGAGAUUCUACUUGCGAAGGCAAACAAACUUAAUUUCAGUGAGAAAUUGUACAAACAAGCAUUGGAGGAAAGCAAGAAGAAAGGCUAUGAUUUGCGUAGUGAUGCCAUCGCAAUCAAAGCUGCCAAAGCAUCACGAGACAUAAUAAGCGAUUAUAAAUAUAAAACUGGAUACCGCAAGCAGCUAGGUCAUCACGUUGGAUUCAAAAGCUUGCAAGAUGACCCGAAAUCUGUGUGGGCCAUGCACAUUGCCAAAAUUCAGAGUGACAGGGAGUACAAGAAGGAAUUUGAAAAAUCAAAGACCAAGUACAACAGCCCUGUGGAAAUGCUGUCUGUGUUGUUGGCCAAGAACUGCCAGAAACUGGUCAGCGACAUUGACUAUCGUCAUUAUCUUCACCAGUGGACAUGUCUGCCCGAUCAGAAUGAUGUCAUCCAAGCAAGGAAAGCUUAUGACCUGCAGAGUGACGCUCUGUACAAAUCUGAUUUGGAAUGGUUGAAAGGCACCGGAUGGGUUCCUGUUGGUUCCCUUGAAGUUCAGAAAGUUAAAAAAGCUGGGGAAAUCCUAAGUGAUAAGCUCUAUCGUCAGAAGCCUGACAAAUUCAGGUUUACAUCCAUCCCUGACUCAAUGGAGUUGGUUCUUGCUAAAAAUAAUGCUCUUCAAUUGAAUAAUAAAUUAUAUAUCGAUGCUUGGGAAAAAGACAAACAAACUAUUCACGUCAUGCCCGACACACCUGAAAUUUUGCUUGCCAAAGCGAACUCUGUAAAUAUUAGUAAUAAACUUUACACUCAAGGAUGGGAGGAUGCUAAAGCCAAAGCUUAUGACAUCAGAGCUGAUACCAUCGCCAUUAAAAGUGCAAGAGCAUCAAGAGAUAUUGCUAGUGAUUAUAAAUAUAAAACUGGAUACCGCAAGCAGCUAGGUCAUCACGUUGGAUUCAAAAGCUUGCAAGAUGACCCGAAAUCUGUGUGGGCCAUGCACAUUGCCAAGAUUCAGAGUGACAGGGUGUACAAAAAGGAAUUUGAAAAAUCAAAGACCAAGUACAACAGCCCUGUGGAAAUGCUGUCUGUGUUGUUGGCCAAGAACUGCCAGAAACUGGUCAGCGACAUUGACUAUCGUCAUUACCUUCACCAGUGGACAUGUCUGCCCGAUCAGAAUGAUGUCAUUCAAGCAAGGAAAGCUUACAACCUGCAAAGUGAUUGGUUAUAUAAAUCUGACAUGGAAUGGAUUCGCGGUUGUGGCUGGAUCCCGAAUGACUCCCUUGAAGUGAAUAAAGUCAAGAAAGCUCAAGAAAUCCUAAGUGAGAAAAGUUAUCGACAACACCCAGAUUCUAUCAAAUUCACCAGCGUUGUAGACCUUCCAUCUAUUGUCUUGGCCAAAUCUAAUGCGCAUCAGCUGAGUGAUUCUAUUUACCGAGAUGCCUGGGAAAAAGAGAAAACAAAGUUCAGUCUUCCUUCCGACACCCCUCAAAUGGUCCAGUCUAAAAUCAAUGCUGUGACUAUUAGUAAUAAACUAUAUCAGCAAGCUUGGGAAGAUGUCAAGAGUAAAGGAUAUGAUCUGAAAGCCGAUGCCAUUUCGAUAAAGAGUGCUAGAGCAUCCAGGGACAUUGCUAGUGAUUAUAAAUACAAAACUGGAUACCGCAAGCAGCAAGGUCAUCACGUUGGAUUCAAAAGCUUGCAAGAUGACCCGAAAUCUGUGUGGGCCAUACAUGUGGCCAAGAUCCAAAGUGACAGGGUGUACAAAAAGGAAUUUGAAAAAUUAAAGACCAAGUACAACAGCCCUGUGGAAAUGCUGUCUGUGUUGUUGGCCAAGAACUGCCAGAAACUGGUCAGCGACAUUGACUAUCGUCAUUACCUUCACCAGUGGACAUGUCUGCCCGAUCAGAAUGAUGUCAUUCAAGCAAGGAAAGCUUACAACCUACAAAGUGAUUGGUUGUACAAGUCUGACAUGGAAUGGAUUCGUGGUUGUGGAUGGAUUCCUAAUGACUCUCUGGAAGUGAAUAAAGUCAAGAAAGCUCAAGAUAUCUUAAGUGAACGUAAAUAUAGGCAAAAUCCAGACACAAUCAAAUUCACAAGCAUUGUUGACCCCCCACACAUUGUCCUGGCCAAAGCCAACGCACUCCAACUCAGUGAUCAUGUGUACAGAGAUGCAUGGGAUAAGGAUAAAACCCAAUUUAGUCUCCCAUCAGACACUCCCCAGAUGUUGCAAUCCAAGAUCAAUGCAGCAAACAUCAGUGAAAAAGUGUACAAGCAAGAUUAUGAAACGUCCAAGAAGAAAGGUUAUGAUUUAAGAGCCGAUGCCAUCCCAAUCCGCAGUGCAAGAGCUUCAAGGGACAUUGCUAGUGAUUACAAAUAUAAGAAAGCACAUGAGCAACAGAAGGGUCAUUAUAUUGGAGCCCCAACAGCUAAAGAUGACCCCAAGCUGAUGUGGCUGAUAAAUGCUGGCAAGCUGCCAAGUGAUUUGAGAUAUAAAAAGGAUUUUGAGAAGACAAAGACCAAGAUUCAAAUUCCAGCAGACAUGGUGUCAAUCCUAACAGCCAAGCAAGUCCAAGCAGCUGCAAGUGAGAUCGACUAUCGAACCCACCUGCAUCAAUGGACUUGCCAUCCUGAUCAGAAUGACUGCAUUCAAGCUAAGAAGGCCUAUGAACUGCAAAGCGAUAACAUCUACAAAUCAGACUUGGAAUGGAUCCGUGGGUGUGGAUGGAUUCCCAAUGAAUCGGUGGAAGUUAAGAAAGUGAAGCAUGCUCAGGACAUCUUAAAUGAUCAUCUGUAUCGUCAACCUGCCAGCUCAUUGAAAUUUACCAGCAUAGUCGAUUUGCCAUCUAUUGUCCUGGCUAAAACCAAUGCUGACCAGCUCAGUGCCGCCAAAUAUAAAGAAGCUUGGGAACAAGAUAAAAGAACAAUUCACGUGAUGCCAGACACUCCGGAGAUCAUGCUGUCGAGAGCCAAUGCUGUUAAUGUCAGCAAUAAACUGUACAGGGACAGCUGGGAUAAAGUGAAGAUGAUAUAUGACCUAAGAUCCGAUGCCAUUCCCAUAAAAGCAGCUAAAGCUUCCAGGGAAAUUGCAAGUGAUUACAAGUACAAGCUAUCUCACGAAAAACAGAAGGGUCAUUAUAUCGGGACAACAUCAGCUCAGGGUGAUAACAAGAUGGCCUGGUUCUUGAAGGCAUAUAAACUUCACAGUGACCUGUUAUACAAGAAAGACUUUGAGAAGACAAAGACUAAUGUGAACCUACCAGUAGACAUGGUGUCCAUCGUGUCAGCCAAACUAUGCCAGACAUUGGUCAGUGAUAUCGAUUAUCGUCAUUACCUCCACAAAUGGACCUGUCUCCCUGACCAGAAUGAUGUCAUUCAAGCCAGAAAAGCAUAUGACUUACAGAGUGAUGCACUUUAUAAGUCAGAUCUGGAAUGGCUCCGUGGUGUCGGAUGGAUGCCCAAUGAAUCUUUCGAUGUCAAGAAGGUUAAAUUCGCACAGGAUAUCUUGAGUGAGAGCAAAUAUCGAACCAAACCAGAAACUCUAAACUUUACUCCUGUCACCGACAGAGUUGAUUAUGUAUCCGCUAAGCAAGGAGCAGAGAUUCUCAGUGAUAUAAAGUAUCACGAAGCUUGGAACGGCAUAAAGACAAAAUACACUGCUUUAAGUGACACUCCACUACUAAUUACUGCACGGGAAGCAGCCAAAAAUGUGAAUAAUAAACUUUACAAAGAAGGCUGGGAGAAGGUUAAAGCUACAGGUUACCUUCUUCCACAUGAUGCCGUCCAGAUAAAACAUGCCAGAAAGAGCGACACUGUUCAGAGUGAGUUGAAAUACAAAGCUGAUUACAUCAAACAAAGGGGUCACUAUGUUGGAGUUUCCAAUGCGGAUCAAGAUCCUAAACUUAGAUGGUUCAAACACGCCAACUUUAUUCAGAAUGACCGGGAGUACAAAAAACUUUAUGAAAAGUUAAAGUCGAAAAUCACUAUACCAGUUGACAUGGUGUCUAUUGAAGCUGCCAAGCAAGGCCAAACUUUGGCAAGUGAUGUUGACUACCGUCACUACCUGCACCAGUGGACAUGCCACCCGGAUCAGAACGAUUGUAUCCAAGCCAGAAAAGCCUAUGAUUUACAGAGUGAUAAUCUUUACAAAUCUGACUUGGAAUGGAUUCGUGGUUGUGGAUGGAUUCCUCUUGACUCAGUAGAACACCAGAAAGUAAGAAAAGCCCAGGAGCUGGUGAAUGAGAGAGCCUACAAAAAAGAUGCUUUAGACAGUUUCUCCAAUUUCACCCCAAUCGUUGAUCCACCAUCAGUUGUGCUUGCCAAGCUCAAUGCUGUCAACCAAAGUGAUUUGAAAUACAAAGAAACCUUUAACGCAGAGAGAGGCCUGUAUAUUGGGUCUGCAGAAACACCUCAGCUUACUCAUUCUCGAGAAAUGUCCAAGCUUGCCAGCGAGAAAUUAUACAAAGACUCAUGGGAUACCAUGAAAGCAUUGGGCUACCAGAUUCCUCCCGACUACAUACCCAUUGUAGGUGCUAAGCAUGCAGGGCUGGUUUCAAGUGAGCUCAAAUACAAGGAGAAUCAUGAGAAAGAGAAGGGACACUAUCUUGCUGGAGGACACAUUGAUGAUUUCCCAAGUGUUGGGCGAUCUCUAGCUUUCCAGAAGAUGAGGAGCCUGCUGCGCUACAAAAAGGCCUAUGAAGAUAAUAAGGCAAAGAUCAAUAUCCCUGGAGACAUGUUAAACAAUGUGCUUGCUAAGAAAUGCCAGCAGAUUCUAAGCGAUAUAGAGUAUCGUCACUAUCUUCACGAAUGGACAUGUCUGCCCGAUGAGAGGAACGUUAUCCAUGCCAGAAAGGCCAAUGAGAUAUUAAGUGAUAAUGUCUACAAAGAGGAUCUGACCUGGUUGAAGGGCAUUGGAUGUUAUGUCUGGGAUACCCCGGAAAUCGUACGUGCUAAGAAGUCAUACGACCUUCAGAGCCAAGCGCUAUAUACAAAUGCUGGAAAAGAGAACUUGAAGAAUUACAGUCUUGUUACCGAUACCCCGGUUUAUGUUACGGCUGUGCAGAGCACCAUCAACGCAAGUGAUGUAAAAUAUAAAGAGGAUUUCCAUAAAACCAAGGACAAAUAUACAACAGUUCUAGAAACGGUGGAUUUUAACCGUACUCAGAACCUCAAGGAUCUGUUCAGUCACAAUCUCUACAAACAAGCAUGGGAUUCGAUCAAGGCAACAAGCUACCAGCUGCCUGCUGACACGGUUGCAUUGGCCUUUGCUAAAAAGAAUAAACACAUGGCCAGCCAUCUGAAGUACCGUGAGGAAUAUGAAAAGUUCAAAGCUCUUUACACGUUACCACGCGGUAUCCAGGAUGAUCCAAACACGGCAAGAUGUCUUAGGGUUGGCAAGCUGCCUCUGGAUCGUCUGUACAGAGACGUGUACGAAAAGAACAAAUCCAAGAUACACAUUGCUCCUGACAUGCUGGAAAUCAUUGCUGCCAGGGAGACACAGGAUAAAGUCAGUGAAAUUGAUUACCGCAAACGUCUCCACGAAUGGAUCUGCCUGCCUGACCUUCAGACGUACGUUCACGCUCGCAAAGUCAACGAUCAGCUGAGCGAUAUCGUAUAUAAAGAUGAUCUCAACUGGCUCAAGGGUCUUGGAUGCUUUGUCUGGGACACCCCGGAGAUUCUUCAUGCCAAGCAUGCAUACAACCUCCGAAACGAUUUCAUAUACAAAGCCAAAGCCGAGGAGAUGAAGAAGACGUACUCCUCAGUGAUGGAAACCCCAGUUUAUGUUCAAGCUAAAGCCAGUGGCAAGCAGAGCAGUGAUGUUAUUUACCACUCUGAUUAUGAACAUAAUGUCAAAGGAAAGGUUACUUCAUCAACUACAUCAAUCGAUUUGGACAGAGCAAGAAAUGCUAACAAGAUCCAGAGCGUGAACCUGUAUCGUGAGGAUGGUGUCAAUUACCUUCCUAAAGGUUACAGUCUUCCAAAUGACACCCCACUCAUUAAACUUGCCAAGAAUGCCCAGGCUAUUGGCAGUGAUCUGAAAUAUAAAGAACUCUACGAACACGCGAAGGCCAAAUCUUACACAUUGGGUCCAGACAAUGUCAACUUUGAGAACAUUAGGAAAGUGAAUAAAGUCCUUAAUGAGAGACUCUAUCGCCAGUUGUAUCACAAACAGAAGGACAAAAUCCACACCACACCAGAUACUCCUGAAAUUCGCCAAGUCAAGGCCACUCAGGAAGCCAUCAGUGAUUUGGUCUACAAAUCCGACUACCACAAACUACAAGGGCAUUUGAUCUCCAUGCCAUUUACCCCUCAAACCAUCCAUUGCCGCUAUGUUGGAGAAAUAACCAGUGAUAAUAAAUACAAGGAAGACUUACAAUGGCUGAAGGGCUUAGGAUGUUUCCUGUACGACACCCCGGAUAUGGUGCGCGCUCGGGACUUGCGCAAACUUUGGUCUCACUACCUGUACACUACCCCUGCCAAGAAGAUGUUGGAUAAAUACAGUGUGGUUUUGGAUACUCCUGAGUACAGAACAGUCCAGGAGUUAAAGACACAUCUGAGUCAGUUUGUGUACAGAGCCGAAGGUAAUAAGCAAAAGUCAAUCUACACAAGUGUUCUCAACACUCCAGACUUUGUCAGAGCCAAGAAAGGACAAGAGAUACAGAGUCAGUACCUGUAUGGUGAGGUUGCCUCUAAACUGAGACCAAUUCAUCACGCUGAUGGACAGACUCAAAGCCUCAAACUUGCUAAGCAUGUGAAGGAACUUGUCAGUGAGAAAAAAUACAAAGCACAGUAUGAAAAACUGAAACACAAGCACACUUCUAUUGCUGAUACACCCAUCAUCCUACGGGCAAAGAAAGCAUACCUAAAUGCUAGUGAUCUGAGGUAUAAAGAAACCUUUGAGAAUGCCAAGGGCAAAUACCAUACCGUGAAGGAUGCUCUGGAUAUUGUAUAUCAUCGCAAGGUCACCGAUGACAUCAGUGCUGUUAAAUAUAAAGAAAAAUAUGUCAGCGAACUGGGUAAUUGGAGAUCAAUUCCAGACCGUCCCGAGUACUACCAUCACCGCGCAGUCACGGAUUCAGUUAGCGACUCCAAGUACAAAGAAGACUUGACAUGGCUGAAGGGAAUUGGCUGUUAUGCAUGGGAUACCCCAGACUUUACUCUUGCGGAGCAGAACAAAUCACUGUACAGUAAUUACAAAUACAAAGAGUUUUCUCAGAAGACAAAGUCUAUCUUCAAAUACACAGCCGAUACUCCUCUGUUUAAUCAUUUCAAGUAUGCCACUCAAUUGCAGAACGAGAAAUUAUACAAAGCUGACUAUGAGAAAUGGAAAACACACUACAGCGUAGUAGUGGAUGACCCUAGGCAUCUUCUGGCUAAGAACGCAAGUGAACAGAUUAGUCAGUGGAAGUACAAGCACAACUAUGAAAAACUGAAGGACAAGUACACGUCUAUUUUGGAUACUCCUGAAAAUCAGCGAGCACAUAAAGCAAGCAAGCAAAUUAGUGAUAAUGUUUACAAAAUGGAACAUAAUAAAAGCAAGGCCAAGGGAUACACAUCUAUUCACGACACUCCCAUGUUACUGCACGUGCGCAAAGUCAGCGACAAAAUCAGCGAUCUGAAGUACAAAGAAUUGUAUGAGAAGAGCAGGGGACAUUGUACAAUGGGUACGGAUGCUGUGCAAAUCAAGACGGCAAAGGAAGCAUACAAAUCAAUCAGCAAUCUGGACUACAAAAAGAAAUAUGAAAAGACCAAAGCCCAAUGGCAAUGGACUGUGGACAGACCUGAUUUCAUGCAAAAUGCUAAGGCUUCUCUACAGCAGAGUGAUUAUGAGUACAAGUUGGACAGGGAAUUCCUGAGAGGAUGCAAGCUGUCCGUUACUGAUGAUAAAAAUACUGUUCUUGCUCUGAGGAACGCAGAAAUGAACAGUAAUGUGAAAUACAAGAAGAGAUAUGAGAAAGGAACCUACGUAGGAGAAUUUGGAGUAGUUGCAGAUACACCUCAGAUAAUUCACUCUAAAUCUAUGAAUACUCUUGUAUCUGAGAAUAAAUACAAAGAAGAGGGCAAGAAGAUGCUGCCACAUGGUGCAUACACCAAGCUCCCCGAUACACGGGACACAACUCAUGUCAAAGAAGUCACAAAGCUUGUCAGUGAUACGCAGUACAAAGAAAAGUUCAAGAAGGACAAAGGCAAAUCAAACUACGCAAACAUGCAAGAACCACCAGAGGUUAAACACGCCAUGGACGUCGCCAAGGUUCAAAGCAACGUGGCAUACAGAAAAGAAGCCAAAGCCCACCUUAAUUAUACCAGCAUUGCUGACAGACCCGAUAUUCAGAAAGCAACCCAAGUGGCCAAGUUAGUCAGUAAUAUUCAAUACAAAGCCAAAGCACGUGCGGAACAAGGACGUGGUAUCUCCAUAGUUGGACGUCCGGACAUUGAAUUGGCCCAGGAAGUGUCCAAGCUCACAAGCCAGGCUGAGUACACCAAAGGAAAGAUGUGGGGUCACGGAGCGGCAUCCUAUGACACUCCAAUAAUGAGAACACUUAAGAAAGCAAAUGAGCUGACUAGUAAUGUGAAAUACAAGGAAAACUUUUCUAAAGAUAAACGCAAAAGGCCACAGUAUGAUCUGAAGGAGGCCCAAAUAUACCAGACCUUCAAAGACGCCAAUACUCUGGCCAGCGAGGUUAAAUACAAGGCAGAUCUGAAGAAGCUCCACAAACCAGUGACAGAUAUGGCAGAAUCUCUAAACAUGCAGCACAUUACAAGCACCAGCAAGCUAUCCAGUGACUACCGGUACAAGAAGGAAUAUGAGAAGAAUAAGGGUCACUACCAACUUAUAACUGAUAAUCUUGAGCAAGUUCAUGUAAAGGAGGCGACAGAUCUUCAAAGCCAGGUUAAAUAUAAAGAAAAGUAUGAAAAGGAAAGAGGAAAAGCUAUGAUGGAUUUUGAGACCCCAACAUAUGUCACAGCAAUGGAAUCCCAGCAUAUGCAAAGCGAGAAAGAAUAUAAGAAAGACUUUGAAGAGUGUUGUAAGGGCAGAAACCUAACUGGUUUGGAGGUUACACCAUCAAUGUUACAUGUCAGACAUGCUACAAAAAUAGCAAGCGAGAAAGAAUACAGGAAAGAUCUUGAUGAUACCAAGGGUAGAGGCAUCACUAUUCUGGAAGAGACUCCUGAGUUCUUAAGAGCCAAGAACGCAACUCAAAUCUUGAACGAGAAAGAAUACAAGAAAACUCUAGAACUGGAAAUUAAAGGUAGAGGCCUGUCAACCUUGGUAAUGGAAACACCAGAUUUCAUGAGAGCAAAGAAUGCUACCGACAUAGCAAGUCAGGUGAAAUACAAACAUUCUGCGGAAAUGGAAAAGGCCAACUACACAAGUGUUGUGGAUACUCCAGAAAUUAUCCAUGCUCAACAAGUCAAAAAUCUUUCAAGCAAGAAAAAAUACAAAGAGGAAGCAGAAAGGAAUAUGUCUUAUUACGUACCUGUUUACGACACACCGGAAAUGCAGAGAGUCCGUGAAAACCAGAAGAACUUCAGCACUCUUCAGUACCAGGGUGACCAUAUGCAAAGUAAAGGAAAAGUCACAGUGGUAAAAGACACACCAGAAAUACUGCGUGUUAAGGAAAAUCAAAAGAAUUUCAGCUCGAUAUUGUACAAAGAAGAAAUUGGAAAAGGAACAGCUAUUGGGCACACCCCUGAGAUGGAGAGAAUUAAAAGAACUCAGGAUGCCAUUAGCACGAUUAAGUACAAGGAAAUUAUUGGACAAGGGACACCAAUUUCUGACCUUCCUGAAGUGAAACGAGUAAAGGAGACACAGAAGAACAUCAGCUCGGUUAUGUACAAAGAGAACACAGGGCAAGGAACAUCCACACCUGUAACUCCAGAGAUGGAGCGGGUCAAACGCAACCAAGAGAACAUUAGCAUGGUAAUGUACAAAGAGAAUAUGGGGAUGGCAACACCAAUACCCGUGACUCCAGAAAUGGAAAGAGUUAAACGCAAUCAAGAAAACAUUAGCUCGGUGCAAUACAAAGAUCAUGUUACAGUGGGGACCCCCACACCAGUAACUCCUGAGAUGGAGCGAGUUAAACGCAACCAAGAGAACAUUAGCUUGGUUUCAUACAAAGAACAUAUGGGGCACGGAACUCCCACCCCUGUCACUCCAGAGAUGGAGCGAGCCAAACGAAAUCAGGAAAACAUUAGCAUGGUUUUGUACAAAGAAAAUUUGGGAAAAGCUACGCCAGCACCCGUUACUCCAGAGAUGGAGCGAGUAAAACGCAAUCAAGAAAACAUUAGCUCGGUCUUGUAUUCCGACAGUUUCCGCAAGCAGAUACAGGGCAGAGCAGCCUUCGUGCUCGAUACACCUGAAAUGAGAAGGGUUCGGGAAUCACAGCGCCAUAUUUCUUCGGUGAAAUACCAUGAAGACUUUGAGAAACAGAAGGGCAGUUUCACACCAGUUGUGACUGAUCCAAUAACGGAACGUGUUAAGAAGAAUAUGAUUGAUUUCAGUGACAUUAACUACCGUGGAAUUCAGAGGAAGGUGGUAGAAAUGGAAAGAAAACGUAGUGAACAGGAUCAAGAUGUCACAGAUCUGAGAGUGUGGCGUACUAAUCCUGGCUCAGUUUUCGACUAUGACCCAGCAGAAGACAACAUUCAAUCAAGAAGCUUGCACAUGCUUUCAGUGCAAGCCCGUCGUAGCCGUGAGCAUUCUCGCUCAGCUAGUGCAUUGAGUCUGAGCGCUGGGGAUGAAAAAUCUGAAUCUGAAGUAGCUGAUCACCAUCAUUCCUAUUACAGCAAUGGAGGCAUCUUCACUACAACUACUGUAACAGGAUACAAACAAGCAAAAACCACUGAGCUUCCUCAGCAGAGGUCAUCUUCUGUUGCCACUCAACAAACAACUGCAUCAUCUGUGCCAUCUCAUCCAUCCACUACUGGGAAAACCUUCCGAGCAAUGUAUGACUACAGAGCAGCAGACAAUGACGAAGUGUCGUUCCGAGAUGGUGAUAAUAUAGUCAAUGUUCAGACCAUUGACGAAGGUUGGAUGUAUGGAACAGUCCAGAGAACCGGCAAGACUGGCAUGCUUCCUGCCAACUACGUGGAAGCCAUCUAAGCAACACCAUCUAAGACACUACAGAAGGAACGAAUGACACUACAUUUACACAACAUUAGAACUGUAUUAGUGGCUAGUUUGUUUUUUCUGUUACAUGUAUGGCUAAAUUAAAGAAAUAAAAAAAAUAUUAAAAAGUCAAUCUAUAACAAUGUUAACACCCGCAGCUAUUUCAUAGCAUAAUAGAUAAAAUUAUUCCAUCAUCAUCAUCUUCAUCAUUUCAAUGUUCGUUUGCAUAAUAUAUCAGUACUCACGAAUGAUGUGAUUCACAAUAGAGUAUGUAGCAAAUGGAUAGCUGCAAUAUUUAUGUUCAACUUAUUUCCUACAGAGACUUAGCAUUUUUAUUGUCGGUGAUAUGAGGAAAAAAAAAGAAUCACCUAAAAAUAUUACCAGUAAGCACCCUAGAAUUUUACAGAUCGGAAAAGCCUCUCCCCUCCUCCGCUUGAUGAACGCUGCGUGCAUGUGAUUGUAUUCUAGGGUCAACGGCAAUGAAUUACUCCCUGUAAAUUAACAAAUAAAGCUGGAGUUUCUGCACUA